CUCGUUUCCAGACUCCCCCAGUUCAAAGAAGAGGCCAAAAGUUAUGUCGGUGCCAACAUGAAGAAGGCUUACAAUAUCUUGUGGAAAAACAAACGUGUGCAGUUGAAAAUGCGGGCUGGUGGAAUGAGUGAAUCAUCCAAAUGGAAAAGGCAGAAGCGCUCUCCAAGGCCUCCUCGCCACGUGGUCCGAAACCCCUCCGGCCAGAUGGACCCAGGCCAGUCCAGCACUCUGAGCAACAACCUCUCAGGUGGCGUCCCCUUCAUCGAACAGGGCCUGCCGGCCUCGGAGAGCGCCGGUUCGUCCAUUUCCAGCCCCACAGACAGCGGCCUGGACACCUGCUCCAAAGCCACGUCCAGGGAGGACCUCUCAGACCUGGAGCAGUACAGCUCCUCCUGCCCCACCGCCUCCGUCCCCGGGGCAGAACCGGGCCUGUCGGACGCACAGAUGGAACCAGCCCAGUCGGCCUCGGUUGAGUCCAUUCCCGAAGUCCUGGAGGACAAAGACCCGGUACCCGAGCAGCUGGACACCACGUCGGUCCACGACAUGGACUACGUCAACCCUCGAGGAGUCCGAUUCACACAGUCCACGCACAGAGAUGGAGUGUCCCUCAUCCCCUACGGCCUGCCUUGCUUAAGGGAGCUCUUUCGCUUCCUGAUCUCUUUGACCAACCCCCACGACCGCCACAACACGGACGCCAUGAUGCACAUGGGCCUACAGCUCCUGACCGUGGCCCUGGAGUCCGCACACAUCUCCAACUACCAGUCUUUACUCGUCCUGGUGAAAGAGGAAUUGUGCCGGCAUCUCUUCCAGGUUAUAAGCUUUUCGCUGCUGAGUGUGGACCGCAUGAAUCUGUACGCCUCAUCCAUACGAGUUUGCUUCUUGCUCUUUGAGAGCAUGAGAGUGCAUCUGAAGUUUCAACUGGAGAUGUACCUGAAGAAACUGAUGGACAUCAUCACCUCCGAGAACUUAAAGAUGGCCUACGAGAUGAAGGAGAUGGCGCUGGAGGCCCUGGUCCAGCUCUGGCGCAUCCCCAGUUUCGUCACAGAGCUCUACAUCAACUACGACUGCGACUUCUACUGCUCCAACCUGUUCGAAGACCUCACCAAGCUGCUGUCCAAGAAUGCAUUCCCGGUGUCCGGGCAGCUUUACACCACGCACCUACUGUCCUUGGAGGCCCUGCUAACGGUCAUCGACAGCAUUGAAGCCCAGUGCCAGGUCAAGGUCCCGCCCAACACGACUCUGCAGGAACAAACGGACGCACAACUGGCCGAGGGAGAAGGUCCCGUCACCAACGGGACCGACUCAGCGGAACCCAACCGGGCGGUCCACUCCAACCAUCUGCCCCAGCCUCAAACUGAAAACACACCAGUGUGUCCCCCCACCAGUGGACACCUCAUGGCAGAAACAAUGACUCUGGGCAGGCAAGAUCAAGGAGACAGUGAAAGUGAGAAGAGGAUUCCCAAAAAGCCCCAUCGUUUCCUGUCCUAUCUACCUGAGUUACAGGAGCUUUUGGAAAUUCGAACAAAGAAAAAGCUGCUGAUCACGGGCACAGAGCAGUUUAACCAGAAGCCCAAGAAGGGGAUCCAGUUUCUGCAGGAGAAAGGCCUCCUCACCGAACCCCUGGACAACAACCAGGUGGCCCAAUGGCUCCGCGAAAACCCCCGACUGGACAAGAAGAUGAUCGGCGAGUACGUCAGCGACCGCAAGAACAUGGAGCUCCUGGACAGCUUUGUGAACACGUUUACCUUCCAGGGGCUUCGGAUUGACGAGGCCCUGCGCCUCUACCUGGAGGCCUUCAGGUUACCCGGAGAAGCCCCCGUGAUCCAGAGACUCCUGGAAACCUUCACAGACAACUGGCAUAAAGUCAACGGAUCCCCGUUCAUGACCAACGAUGCGGGUUUCGCCUUGGCCUACGCCGUCAUAAUGCUCAACACCGACCAGCACAACCACAACGUGCGCAAGCAGAACAUCCCCAUGACCGUGGAGCAAUUUAAGAAAAAUCUAAAAGGUGUGAAUGGAAACAAAGACUUUGACCAAGACAUGCUGGAGGACAUCUACAACGCUAUCAAGAAUGAGGAGAUUGUGAUGCCCGAUGAGCAGACGGGUUUGGUGAAGGAGAACUACGUGUGGAGCGUGUUGCUUCACCGCGGCGCCACGCCCGAGGGGCUUUUCCUCCACGUGCCCCCCGGGAGCUACGACCACGACCUGUUCUCCAUGACCUGGGGCCCCACCAUCGCCGCCCUGUCCUACGUGUUCGACAAGAGCCUGGACGAGAACAUCAUCCAGAAGGCCAUCACCGGAUUCAGGAAAUGUGCGAUGAUCGCAGCUCACUACGGCUUCAGCNNNNUGUACUUUAACUUCUGAGUUAAUUUCUGAUUUGUAAGUGCCUUGUUUCCCCCCCGGCAGUCGGUGGAAAACCUUCCGACAGUGUUUGGCAGCAACAAUAAGGCCCAAACCGCCGCCAAGACCGUCUUUGACCUGGCCCAUCGCCAUGGCGACAUCCUGAGGGAGGGCUGGAAGAACAUCAUGGAGUCCAUGCUGCAGCUGUUCAGGGCCGAGCUCCUGCCCAAAGCCAUGCUGGAGGUGGAAGAUUUUGUGGAGCCCAAUGGAAAGAUUUCUCUUCAGAGAGAGGAAACCCCCUCAAACCGUGGCGAGUCGGCCGUGUUGAGUUUCGUUAGCUGGCUGACACUGAGCGCGCCCGAACAGUCGGGACUCCGGGGGCCGUCCACCGAAAACCAGGAAGCAAAGCAGGCCGCCAUCCUCUGCAUCAAGCACUGUGAUCCAGAGAAGCUGAUCACGGAGAGCAAAUUCCUUCAGCUUGAGUCGCUGCAAGAGCUGAUGAAGCAAUGUGACCCAGAGAAGCUGAUCACGGAGAGCAAAUUCCUUCAGCUUGAGUCUCUGCAAGAGCUGAUGAAGGUUAUUAUUCCCUUACCAACAGCAUCCAUUAGCAUCCCGUGCUUUGAUAUCCGUCACCCCUGAUGAGGAGACCUAUGAUGAAGAAGAUGCUGCCUUCUGUUUGGAGAUGCUGCUCCGCAUCGUGCUGGAGAACAGGGACCGCGUGGCCUUCGUCUGGCAGACGGUGAGGGAACAUCUCUGCCAUCUCUGCGUCCACGCCUCAGAGAGCUGCUUCCUGGUGGAGAGAGCCGUGGUAGGACUGCUGCGAUUGGCCAUCCGCCUGCUGCGGAGGGAAGACAUCAGCUCCCAGGUGCUGCUCUCCCUGCGCCUCCUGCUGAUGAUGAAACCUCAGGUCCUGUCCCGGGUCAGUAGGGAGGUGGCCUACGGCCUCCACGAGCUCCUGAAGACCAACGCGGCCAACAUCCACUGCACAGAGCACUGGUACACGCUCUUCUCCCUGCUGGAGUGCAUCGGGGCCGGGGUCAAGCCUCCCGCUUCUUUUCAACUGUCCUCCACCACUUCUGACACCGCCACGGGUGCACAGUCGGACAGCGAGCUUUCCUCCCACCACCCCAGUGAUGUGACUUCAGACCGGGGCUAUACUUCGGACUCUGAGGUCUACACCGAACACAGCAAGAUCCGCAUCCCCCGCUCCACCACCGACGUGGACGUGGCCACCAGCGGCUGGCUAGUGGUGGGCAGAGAUGACCUGGAGUUGGGUAAGACCCUCCCAGUGAGCUCCAAAGCCCAGCUCAACCACCCCCUGGUCAACCAGUACAGCCUGACUCUGGGCCAGGACCUGGGUCAGCACGACACCAAGUCCCUGAUCAAGUGCGUGGAGACGCUGUCCUUCAUCGUGCGUGACGCCGCCCACGUCACCCCCGACAACUUCGAGCUGUGCGUGAGGGCCAUUCGCGUGUUCGUGGAGGCCAGCCUCAACGGAGGUUACCGGAACCACGACAAGAAGAAGAACUACAAGUACGACCCCUCAAAGUCCCGUCUGAGGAAGAAGGCGGCGGGCCGGGAGCGGGACGGUGGGGGGGG